AUGGAGUUGUUCUUCUCGGAUCCCGAAGAAGCCUCUCAACUGACUCCGCGACCAUUGCAUCUUCUAAACUCUCCCUUCCCCGGCCCAGACGCUAACCAAACCUCUGGCUCUAGUCCAAUGUCUUACCAAAACGGAACUCCCCCUGCCACCGACAUGUCGGUUGUGCCCCCUCCUACCGGUCCUACUCAGGAUCAGGCCAAGACCACCCUUUGGAUGGGCGAGCUCGAGCCAUGGAUGGACGAGAACUUCAUCAAGGGCGUCUUCCUCUCUGCCGCUGGAGAGACGGUCAACGUCAAGGUUAUCCGUGACAAGAACUCUGGCAACGCCGGCUACUGCUUUGUCGAGUUCGCUACGCCUGAUGCUGCCACCAAGGCUCUCGGCCUCAACGGAACGCCUGUGCCCAACAGCUCGCGCCAAUUUAAGCUUAACUGGGCUUCUGGCGGCGGUUUGGUCGAUCGACGAGACGAUCGCGGUCCCGAGUACAGCAUCUUCGUUGGCGACCUUGGCCCCGAGGUCAACGAAUACGUCCUGGUCUCUCUCUUCCAGGCUCGCUUCCCCUCGUGCAAGUCGGCCAAGAUCAUGACCGAUGCCAUGUCCGGCCAGAGCCGCGGCUACGGAUUUGUUCGCUUCUCUGACGAGAACGACCAGCAGCGUGCCCUCGUCGAGAUGCAGGGAGUUUACUGCGGCAAUCGUCCUAUGAGGAUCUCGACUGCCACUCCCAAGAACCGUGGAAACCACGGCUUCGGUCACGGACACCAGGGCGGCCCCAUGAUGGGUGGUGGCAUGCCUCAGCAGCAGAUGUGGGGAGGAGUGCAAGCGUUCCCCUACGGCGGUGGCGGUGCUGCUGCUGCUGGUGGUAACUUCAACCCUGCCACCCAGAUGAACCAGUUCACGGAUCCCAACAACACCACCGUGUUCGUCGGCGGCCUCUCUGGAUAUGUGACGGAGGACGAGCUCCGCUCUUUCUUCCAGGGAUUCGGCGAGAUCACCUACGUCAAGAUUCCCCCCGGAAAGGGCUGCGGCUUUGUCCAGUUUGUCCACCGCCACGCCGCCGAGAUGGCCAUCAACCAGAUGCAGGGCUACCCCAUUGGCAACUCCAGGGUCCGACUCAGCUGGGGCCGAUCUCAGAACAACUCUGGCGUCGGAACUCCUUACCGCCCUGCUCCUCCUCCGCCUCACUACAUGGGCAUGCCUGGUCCCGCUCACGGCCCUGGCCCUAACCCAUACGGCGGACCUCACCACUUUGGCGGUCCUGCUCCGGGUCCCCAGGGUCCUUCAGGGCCUCCUGGUCCCGCUGUCCCCCCUCAGGUAGGAAAUGGCCCCUGA